AUGGGUUCAGUCACCCCAAACCUCCCGAACGGGCAAAUAAAGAUUGCUAUUGACCGGGGAGGAACCUUUACUGAUGUGUGGGCAAGCUCCCCAAACAAACCAGAUGUAGUUAUGAAGCUGCUCUCAGUCGAUCCUGGGAAUUACCAAGAUGCUCCUACUGAAGGCAUCAGACGAGUUCUAUCAAUGUACGGAGACGCCGAGAUUCCUAGGGGCAUACCACUCCCCAAGGAGAAUUUGGCCAUCGUACGAAUGGGUACGACUGUAGCAACAAAUGCUCUCUUGGAACGAAAAGGCAGGCGCCACGCGCUCCUUGUUACCAAAGGCUUCCGAGAUCUUUUAAGAAUCGGGUACCAAUCGCGUCCCAAGCUGUUCGACCUUAACAUCUCCAAACCAGAAGUUCUCUUCUCAGAAGUCCGGGAGAUUGAUGAGCGAGUGACCAUCGAAGGUUUUGAUGAGGACAUAGACGGAACCGUUAGGACCGACGUUAAUGAAAUCCCUGGAGUCUUGGUUCGCGGCUCAAGUGGCGAUCUGAUGCGGAUCUUGAAGCCUCUCGACGAAAUAUCCAUCCGUACCACACUUCAGGAACUACGACAGGGCGGUAUUGACACUGUCGCAGUCUGUUUUACCCACUCACAUAUUUUCGGUGAACACGAGCGGCGUGUUGGUAAGCUUGCUCAGGAAGCGGGAUUCAAUCAUGUGUCCCUCUCUUCUGCUGUUGCUGCGAAAAUGAUUAAAAUGAUUCCGCGAGGAAGCUCUGCAUCUGCAGAUGCUUAUCUCACUCCUGAGAUUAAGGAUUAUCUCCGAGGUUUUGUCAAGGGUUUUUCAGGGGGACACUUAGAUGAUGUCAAGUGUGAUUUUAUGCAGUCCGACGGUGGACUUGUUAAUCAUAAGGGUUUUAGCGGUCUAAAAGGGAUCUUGAGUGGACCUGCUGGUAAGCCUAUUCUGACCGUUAGACUCAAAACACCCAUCGUCGCUUUCGACAUGGGCGGGACUUCUACCGACGUUUCGAGAUUUGGUGGUGUCUUCGAACACGUAUUCGAGAGUACCACAGCAGGAGUAACAAUUCAGAGCCCCCAGCUAGAUAUCAACACUGUCGCUGCUGGGGGAGGGUCUAUCUUAACGUGGCGAAAUGGCCUCUUCACAGUCGGUCCAGAAAGUGCAUCGUCACAUCCAGGGCCGGCAUGCUAUCGGAAAGGCGGCCCAUUAACUGUAACCGAUGCCAAUCUAUUUCUCGGUCGCUUGAUUCCCGACCUCUUUCCCAAAAUCUUCGGGAAGAGCGAGAAAGAGGCUCUGGAUUCGACAAUCGUUUCAGAGAAAUUCAAACUGUUAACAGCUUCGAUCAAUGUAGCGACUCGGAAAUCUAUGAGUCCAGAGGAGAUUGCUUUCGGUUAUCUUGAUGUGGCCAACGAGGCCAUGUGUCGACCUAUCCGGUCCCUCACCGAGGGCAAAGGUUAUGAAAUCGGCAAGCAUCGUCUCGGCGUCUUCGGAGGUGCUGGUGGUCAACAUGCUUGUGAGAUUGCUGUGAAACUUGGAAUUCAAACAGUCGUCAUCCACAAGUACUCCAGUAUUCUCUCCGCUUAUGGUAUGGCGUUGGCAGAUGUUGUUCAUGAAGAACAAGAGCCAACCAACGAAGUGUACGGCAAGGAGUCAAAGAGCCGCCUCGAUCAACGUAUCGAGAGGCUGAGGGCGAACACAUCUGCGCAUCUUCUUAAGCAAGGCAUCCAACGGGAGGAGAUCUAUCAUGAGUGCUAUCUCAAUAUGAGAUACCAAGGCACCGAGACACCGGUGAUGGUCCUGAGGCCAGAUGAUGGCGAUUACGAGGCGGAAUUUCUCCGAACUCAUCUAAGAGAAUUUAGUUUCGUGUUCCCUACCGGCAAACCAAUCAUGGUCGACGAUGCGCGAGUGAGAGGUGUGGGAAGGAGUGGAACGAAUGACGGUGAUGGAAAACGUUUGGGUUACGAGUUGCAAAAUAUGAAAUUUUUCCCUGUACUUGAACAACAGGUUGAGAGAGAGACGAGGGCCUACUUCAAAUCUGGAGGCGAGCAGACGACCCCUGUUUAUAGGCUGGAGCGCCUCUCCGCUGGCACAUCGAUCAUGGGUCCCGCGAUGAUCAUCGAUAAUACGCAAACGCUGGUUAUUAUACCAGAUGCUGAAGCUCGAAUUCUCACGUCACAUGUUGUAAUUGAUAUCAAUGCCACAAAGGAGAAGGGUACAGGUGCCAGCCUAUGCGUGGAUGCCGGUCUAAUCGUCGAUCCCAUCCAGCUAUCCGUGUUUGGACAUCGCUUCAUGAGUAUCGCAGAGCAGAUGGGCAGGACACUUCAAAAGACCGCAGUUUCUCUGAACAUCAAGGAGCGCCUUGAUUUCUCUUGUGCCAUAUUCGGGCCUGAUGCUGGGCUUGUUGCUAAUGCACCGCAUAUUCCCGUCCAUCUCGGCUCCAUGAGCUAUGCCGUUCAGUAUCAGCACGAGCUGUACGGAGACUUGUUGAAGCCAGGCGAUGUUUUGUGCUCGAAUCACCCGGAGAGCGGAGGUACCCAUCUUCCUGAUAUUACCGUCAUCACCCCGGUGUUUGGACAGGAUCAAAACGUCGCAUUCUACGUUGCUGCCCGGGGGCAUCACACUGACAUCGGUGGGUAUAACGGAACCUCGAUGCCUCCGGACUCUAUAGAACUGUGGCAAGAAGGGGCGCAAAUGCGCUCGUUCAAGCUGAUCGAGAAUGAUCAUUUCGACGAGGAGGGUAUCAUCAAGGUUCUCCUCGAGCCUGGAAAAUACCCUGGCUGCAAUGGAAGCAGACGGCUACCGGAUAACAUUUCGGAUCUUAAAGCGCAGGUCGCAGCAAACAACAAGGGAGCCACUCUUAUCCGAGCGCUCAUGGGUGAGUAUACGCAAGAGGUUGUCCAGCUCUACAUGCGAGCCAUCCAAAACAACGCCGAACUCGCGGUGCGCGGCUACCUCCAGCACGCCCUCCAGACCCUCGGCCCUAAACUCCAAGCCAUCGACUUCAUGGACAACGGUUCGCCCAUACGCCUCAACAUCACCAUCUCCGAAAACGGCACUGCCGUGUUCGACUUCGCCGGCACCGGCUGCGAGAUGCUCAGCAAUCUCAACGCACCACCAGCCAUCACAUAUUCGGCGAUCAUCUACACCCUCCGCCUACUAAUUGGCGCCGACAUCCCCAUGAACCAAGGUUGUCUCGCUCCCAUCACCGUCAAACUCCCCUCAGGCACUUUCCUGAACCCCUCUGCCGGACCCGCCGUUUGCGCAGGGAACACGCAAACCUCCCAGCGUGUGGUGGACGUCAUAUUAAAAGCGUUCCGCGCAGCCGCCGCAUCGCAGGGCUGCAUGAACUGCCUAGGCUUCUUCGGCUCCGGCGGCGUCGACGCAGAUGGGAACCCACUCCCGGGCUCUGCGUUCGCGUUCGGAGAGACAAUUGCUGGAGGCAGUGGAGCUACGUCGAAGCAGCAUGGUGCAAGCGGAGUUGCUAUUCAUAUGACGAAUACGCGAAUUACGGAUCCCGAGAGCCUCGAAAAGAGAUAUCCGGUUAUCUUGAGGGAAUUCUGUAUCCGCGAAGGCAGUGGUGGGAGGGGUGUGCAUGACGGUGGUGAUGGUGUUGUGAGGGAUAUUGAGUGUCGGACGCCGUUGAAGUUUAGUGUUAUUACAGAGAGGAGGGUUAUUGCUCCGUAUGGUCUUGACGGUGGCCUCGAAGGCGAGCGAGGAGUAAAUUAUUGGGUCAAGAGGAAUCCGGAUGGUAGUGAGCGCUGGGUUAAUAUAGGACCUAAGAAUAUGGUGCAGAUGCAGGCUGGUGAUCGUUGUGUGAUACACACGCCAGGUGGUGGCGGAUGGGGAGUUCCUAGGAGCAGCACGUUAGCUACGGGAGCAAAGGGGGAAGCGAAGGCUGCUGCUAGGAUUGAGCACGUGCCUAGAGCAGCUGGAAGCCUUGCUGCGUUUGAGGAGGCGCAGGGUGGACAGCAUUAA